UCUUCAAUAAUCUUAUGAGCUUAUAGGAAUAUUAUUCCUUUUCGUUAUAACAAUUUAAUUUAAGAUAUCUACGUAAUAUUGUCUAAGUUGAUAUGAAGAAAGAGAAUCUUAGUACAGGUAGAAUAAGCGGUAGAAGAUUAGAAGAAAUAGAUAACGAGUGUUUAGACUCGAUAGAAAACGUCGAAGAUGUUCUGGUUCCGAUACGGGCAAAGAACUUCGACGUCAUCGGAAUAUUCCGAUUCUCAAAGCGCAAACGUUUCAUCUAAUAAACAUGACUACCAUAAUGCUCAGCUGAAAAGAGCCGUAGCACUUAUACAUGAGGAUAAGGAAUUCCUUAUUGCUGCAGAAAUCGGCAACUACAAGAUGCUUGAAAUCCUUAUUAGGCAAGGAGUGGAUAUACAGCAAAUGGAUCAUCUUGGGCGGAAUGCUCUACAUUUGGCGGUGUGCGCUGAUAGCAUGGAUACGAUAGUUUUACUCCUUAAUGUAGGCGUUAAGACUAAUGUUAAGGAUAAUCUCGGCAUGACGCCAUUAUCUCUUUCUCUUAUGAGAAGGCCGUCUCUAGAAGUGGCACAUCUCCUUUUUGAUCACGGUGCUAAAAUAAUACCUCGGUUAAAGCCAAUGGACACGGGACUUUUCCUCCAAUUUGUCAUGAUGUGUACACCGACUGAGGAAGAAGCGAAGAUACUUGCACUUCUGAUAGAUAAAGGCGCGCUUAUUAACGACCCAGAAGCUCCAGGUGGCCGUCAAGCUUUGCACUUUGCUGCAAUGAGCGAUAACUGUCCCCUGAUACAGAUACUCAUAAACCUUGGAGCGGAUUUGUUUUUAAUAAACCACAGGAACCAAACCCCUAUAGAUGUCGCAUUUUCCUUCAAGUGUAAGAAUGCGUAUACAUUUUUAAGCAAAUUUUAUUAACUGUUAACCAUCCAAUUUUAUUGCAACCCUAUCCAUAACAGUUAUACAGCGUC